AUGUCCUCGGAUGUCUCCGUAUCUCGUGGAUCGAUUUCUCAUUUUGGCCAUUGGCAUGACGCCGAGAACUCCCUUAGUCCAAAACCUGGCCGGUGGUACCCGCCCUACAAGACAUCAAGUAUCCAGGAGGCAGUCCGAAGGGUUGAAUUGGAGGUUCAACAUAGGUGGUCAAAGAGUAGGCUCCGGACAAUGCUUCAGGGUAUUAUCUCGGGAACCUGGCUCGUCGACGAUGAUGCCCUAGACAGCAUCUUGACCAUAGCCAACAAAGCGUUCUUCCAUGAAGCACUUUCUGGUCGUGUACGAUGGCAUUGGUCGCAAGAGCAACCAUACGGCGGUUUAUGUCUCUCGAGCACCGGAGUCCGACCCAGCGCGAAUGGGGGUUACGAGACGUCGAUCAUGCUCUCAGCAAGGCUAAGGGCUUUUGAGCAAGAGUCUGAAGAGAGGGCCAUAUUAAUCAGGGUGUUCCUGAAUGAACUCAUACAGUGCUACCUUUUCAUCUCCUGUGGUAUUAGGGAUGGCCGAUGGAACAAACGCGCUGACGCGAUACGCAACAUUGCCGAAGCUAUGGACCGCUGG